GGUCUGUUUGGUUUCACUUCCGCAUCCCGCUACUGUACGUGCAUGUAGCUUGUUAGCCUUUGUGUGUCACCCUGAGGAGACUUACAAACUAUUUUUGCACACAAAACAGCGUCGCGUAAAAUUUUCCCCGCGUUUGCAAACUAAUUCUGCUCAGGUUUUGCUUCACUUUGUUGCCCAAAGCGAUGCGUCAAAUCAGGAAGCGCUGUUAGCACGAAGCUAGUUUUCCUAACUCAGAAAGCUGCUUAAACUGCUUAACGUUUUGUUCCUGAACACCACCAGGAGAUCCAAUGAAGGUACAGAAUUGUCUUUGGGGCUUGGUCCUCUUGUUGAUGCUCUGUGGAUGUGUUUCCAGCACAGAUAAGGUUCCCACAGCUAAAACUCCCACAGAAAAAUCUCCCACAGAAAAAUGUAAACUCACACCUGAAACUAAAUCGGAGCGUAAAAUCCUCGAUCUACUGGCACCUCUCCUCAACAAAAACUUUACUGUGCAGAAGCAGGAGGGCGAGGACAGCUACACGUAUGUUUUUCAGUUAUGUGGAGAUGCAAAUGGUGUUGCAGGAGCUGGAGUUGUUCAAAUUAAUGACAAGACAAAGGAGCAAACAGUUGUUGGAUUAUAUAACUCAACAAAGGCCAUUGGAGGAACUUACUGGGUGAUGUUGAUCUAUGAAAAUGGACAGAAAUAUGGCUCCCACUGCCAAGGAGCAAAUAGAAAGGCCAUAAUUAUGGUUUCCUGCGACAAAUCGAUAAACGUGGGCCCGCUGCAAGUCGUUUUGGAGGACAGGGAAGGAAACGACUGCUUCUACCUCUUUGAAAUGAGCGACAGUGCUGUGUGUCCCGUCGUCCAGUCACAACUCAGUGCUGGCUCUAUAUUACUCAUUGUGGCGGUCUGUCUGGUUGGUGUAUACCUAAUAGUAGGUUUUCUUUAUCAAAGACUUGUCGUUGGAGCCAAAGGGAUGGACCAAAUUCCACAUUAUCCUUUCUGGGCAGAGUUUGGUAACCUAGCAGCGGAUGGAUGUGACUUGGUUUGUCGCUCUAAAAACCGCGAGGAGCCAAACAUGUACAGAGGAGUGGCCUCAGAGCCGGCGGAGGAGGAGCCAGAGGAGCGGGACGACCACCUUCUACCAAUGUGACCUCACUCUGACAGAGACUUUUACUGUGUGAUUGAUGUUUACUCUCCGCAGGUUAGACAAACUGAACUCUUGUGUAUAAGUCUGUUUAUUUGUGUUGAUUUAGGACCUAAAGUGUUGUGACUAAAGAGGAUACAUUACUCAGAUGGCGGCACAUGUGGCUUUUGGUCUAGUUUGAUGUGGACUUGGUGGAUUUUCACAUGCACAUUCAUAACAUUAAAAUGAUGAUUGAACCAGGCAGAAACAAAACUAAACUGGACUCGAUCAGGACUAAACUAGGACUUUAACAAGACCAAACAGGACUGAACUGGGCUCAAACAAAGACAAGUGUGAAAGCUCCCUUAUGUUGGUUCUGUUCUAGUCCUGGUUUAGUUCAAUAGUUUAGCCUGAGUUAUAUUCCGAGUUACGUUCUGAGUUACUUUCUGAGUUAAGUUCCAAGUUUAGUCACAGUUUUUUGUUCAUGUGGUGUAUGUGCAUGUGUGAACGCAGCCUAAUACUGUUUGUUUUUUUGUUUUUUUUUAAAGUUAGCUCUCCAACCAAUGAGUGAUUCUACAGAAAAUGUGACCGUCUAAAUGGAGCUGAAUAAGUAAAAAACAUUGUGUAACUUUGCUUUUCUUUAGUAAAUGAUCUGUAAACAUUUCUUUUACAAAUGUCUUGUUUUGAGCACUGAUGUUAUGGGAUUGGGUAACACAAAAAUCAUUUGUAUUUUUUUUUUUUUUUUAUGGGUCACUGUUUUGUAAAUGACAAAACACACUGAUACUGCGCUUACAACUCCAAAGAGUUUAAACUGAAUGUAAUAUCAAUAUAUGUAUAUUUGUACACUCAGUCUGUUGUGAAAGAGCACUUAAAUUGAUUAGUAAAAGGAUGUGUUGUGACUCAGCAGUUUGAAUUUUAAAUAUUAAUAUGGAAAAUGUGUGUAAACUGAAAGGGAUUUAUAGAAGGUCAUCCAUGUUUUAAUAUUAUAAGGGCAAUAUUAUACUCCAGACUUUUUUAGCUUGGCAACAAAAGUACUUGAUCUUAAGUUAAUUUGUGUUUGCUUUUGCUUUCUCAGAUUUGCGUUUGGAAUUUACACAUACUAUUAUUAAUGAUUUUACAGACUUGGUAGAUAGACACCUAAGUGCACUCAUUUGCAGAGUGAAUGUAUGAAAUGGAUUUUAAUAAAACUGUAAAAUAAACGUUAGACGAUUAGUGAAACAUA